CAGCCAACACUUGAGUAACAUGAAAAAGAGUCUCUUCUUCCUAUAAAAUGUACAACUCAUAAUAGUAUUCUCUCUCUCUGUCUGUUUACAGUCUACACUGACCUUGAUUCCACAUCCAAGAAAAAAAACCCACUUUUCCACUCACAGACACACACAAAAAGAAGAAGAAAAAUAGAAGAAGAUCACCAUUUUUGGUUUCAACUAACUUAAAUUUUCUUCAAAUGCCUGAAGAAGAUUUGGUUGAGCUUAAGUUCAGGUUAUACGAUGGAACUGAUAUUGGUCCUAUCAGAUAUUCGUCUGCAUCUACUGUUUCUAUGCUCAAAGAAAGGAUAAUUGCUGAUUGGCCUAAAGAUAAAAAAGUUAUACCCAAGGCAGCGAAUGAUGUGAAGCUGAUUAGUGCUGGGAAGAUUUUGGAAAACAACAAGACUGUUGGUCAAUGUAAAGCGCCUUUUGGUGAACUUCCCGGAGGUGUUAUCACGAUGCAUGUCGUUGUGCAGCCAUCUCUAGCCAAAUCAAAAACAGAAGGUCGAAGAUUCCCCUAGGAAGACCGUUUGCUCUUGCUCCAUACUAUAAACGAAGAGCAAACAAGAUAACCAAUUUAAACUUGUAGAGAGUUGCAAGGUCUGGCACGCUCCCAUCUGCUAAGAUUGGUGUUGCGCUUUGAUAAAGUAAAGUAUAUCCUAACAGUAUCAACUGUAGCCUUUAGGCUGUUCUUGUGUACCAGCAUUGUGAUGCUGACAUAUAUAUAUAUAUACUGUAUACCUGUAACACGACCACAGUAGUGCUCGAUAUACUACUGUUGUAUACUUUUCGUUAUUUUGAUUACAAAGUUAUUAUUGCUGAGGCA